GCGAGCGGCGGCGCGGCCCGGCGUCGGGAGCGUCGGAGCGGGCGGGCAGGCGGGCAGGCGGGCAUGGAGCUGCUGCGGACCAUCGCCUACCCGCCGGGCGGCGGCGGCGCCAAGGGUUGCGAGGCGGCGCUGGGCAGAGCCGCCGGCGGCGAGUCCCGCAGGAAGAAGGCGGAGGAGCCGCCGCAGCCGCACUCGCACCCCGCCGCCGAGGUCUCUCGGAUUAUAACCGACCCCACGACGGGGAAGCGCUACUGCCGCGGCAAGGUGCUCGGAAAGGGUGGAUUCGCCAAGUGUUAUGAGAUGACAGAUUUGACAACAAAUAAAGUUUAUGCUGCAAAAAUCAUUCCUCACAGCAGAGUAGCAAAACCUCAUCAAAGGGAAAAGAUUGAUAAAGAGAUUGAGCUGCACAGAAUGCUUAAUCAUAGACAUGUCGUGCAGUUUUAUCACUACUUUGAAGACAGAGAGAAUAUUUACAUUCUUCUGGAAUACUGCAGUAGAAGGUCGAUGGCUCACAUCUUAAAAGCAAGGAAGGUAUUGACAGAACCAGAAGUGCGAUACUACCUCAGGCAGAUUGUGUCAGGGCUAAAGUAUCUUCACGAGCAGGAAAUCUUGCACAGGGACCUUAAACUAGGUAACUUCUUCAUUAAUGAGAACAUGGAACUGAAACUCGGUGACUUUGGCUUGGCAGCCAGGCUGGAACCACUGGAGCACAGGAGGAGAACAAUAUGUGGCACACCAAAUUACCUCUCUCCAGAAGUCCUCAACAAACAAGGGCACGGCUGUGAAUCUGAUAUUUGGGCCUUAGGCUGUGUAAUGUAUACAAUGCUGUUGGGAAGACCACCAUUUGAGACUACAAAUCUUAAAGAAACCUACAGAUGUAUAAGGGAAGCAAGAUACAGUCUGCCUUCAUCUCUCCUUGCACCUGCAAAGCACUUAAUAGCUAGCAUGUUGUCAAAAAAUCCUGAAGACAGGCCCAGUUUAGAUGAUAUAAUUCGACAUGACUUUUUCUUACAGGGCUUUACACCCGAUAGACUUUCUGCUAGCUGUUGUCACACUGUUCCUGAUUUCCAUUUGUCAAGUCCUGCUAAAAAUUUCUUCAAAAAAGCAGCUGCUGCCCUCUUUGGUGGUAAAAAGGAUAAAGCAAGAUACUUUGACACGCACAAUAGAUUAGCUAAAGAAGAUGAAGAAAUUUACAAGCUCAGGCAUGAUUUGAAGAAGACAUCGAUAACCCAGCAGCCCCACAAACACAGAACAGAUGAGGAGAACCAGCCUCCUAACACAACAGUAGCCAAGCCAGGGAUGUUAUCAGAAACAAAGCAGGCUGGAGAUGCUAUUCGGAUGAUAGUCAGAGGAACUUUGGGAAGCUGCAGCAGCAGCAGUGAAUGCCUGGAAGACAGUACUAUGGGAAGCGUUGCUGAUACCGUUGCAAGGGUAUUGCGAGGGUGUCUAGAGAACAUGCCAGAAGCAGACAGCAUUCCCAAGGAACAGCUGACGACAUCCUUCCAGUGGGUUACGAAAUGGGUAGACUAUUCUAACAAGUAUGGCUUCGGGUACCAGCUGUCAGAUCACACCGUUGGUGUCCUCUUCAACAACGGGGCACACAUGAGCCUUCUGCCAGACAAAAAGACAGUCCACUACUAUGCUGAGCUAGGCCAGUGCUCUGUCUUCUCAGCCACAGAUGCUCCUGAACAGUUCAUUAGCCAAGUAACAGUUCUGAAAUACUUCUCUCACUACAUGGAAGAAAACCUCAUGGAUGGAGGAGAUCUGCCCAGCCUAACAGAUGUUCGUAGGCCCAGGCUUUACCUCUUACAGUGGCUUAAAUCUGAUAGAGCAUUAAUGAUGCUCUUCAAUGAUGGCACGUUUCAGGUAAACUUCUAUCACGAUCAUACAAAAAUCAUCAUUUGCAAUCAGAGUGAGGAGUACCUCCUUACGUACAUUAAUGAAGACAGGAUAUCCACAACGUUUCGUCUGACAACUCUUCUGGUUUCUGGAUGCUCGUUGGAACUAAAACAUAGAAUGGAAUAUGCUCUGAACAUGCUGCUGCAGAGAUGUAACUGAAGGGACUGACUCUGUUAAACCAAAAGGACCCUUUUGUUCACUGUGAAAUCUACAGUGGAGAUGGUGGAGCAACUAGUAUGUUGAUGAUGGAUGUGUGGUGGUACGAAAACUUGACUGUCAUGGUGUGCUGGGCACACUUCUAUUAGACAGAAGCCUAAACCUACUGUUGGACUAAAAUGGUGUGACAAGGAGUUCUUCGGACCAUAGUUUUCCUUGGUUCAUGUGUGUGUUAAAGAUAUUUUUGACUCAAACUCAGCAGAGUAUGACUGCUUGCUCUAUAAGGGAGCAUUUCUGAUGGAGUUAAACUGUGAAUACGCAUCUGGAAAGGGAGGGAAGGGAGAGCUCCAUUGUUGUGGAAUAGCUGUAAUAAGCAGCUUCUGGCUGCUUAACUGUGAACUAUGGCCAUACUUUUUUUUUCUUUUUUUUUCAUUAUUUUUCAAAAACUACCCACACUUGUGGCUGGAAAAGUGCAUUCCUUGUUAAUAAUUUUUUUAUUUAUUACAGCCUAAAGUGAAGUAUUUAUUACACAAUUUUUCUUUUUUCUUUUUUUUUUUUUUUUUUUUUUUUGGACAUUGAUAUUUUAAAUAUAAAUCUGUUGGCAAUAAAGAAAAUGGAAAAUCUGAA